AUGCCAGCCUCAGCCAGAACAGUCGUCCCGCCGCUGCGGCUAGUGCCGCGCGCAGGCCUCCUCCCGGCCAGAAGCCUCGCGACGUCGACCCCCAGCGGCAAAGACGAGCAGUGGCCGCAACGCACACCACUAGGCGACUACUAUGCGGGCAUGCUGCGCGAUCCGAUCCCCUACCCGUUCUCUCACAAACCCGAGGAGCCGCCCAGCACGGCGGACCCCAGCGUCCUGCCGCCACACAAGCGACCAAGGAUGCCACGAGCACCCGGGCCCAAUAGGUCCGAGACGCGAAGCGCGGCCUGCGCGGGCGCGACUCCCACUUCACCGCCCGAGCCGGUUCCCCCUCCGCAGACGGCGCAAGAGAAGGCUCGUAUUAUAUUCGGAUCGCGACUCCUCGGCCCGGCCGAGCACGCGGAUAGAUUGGCUUCGAGGCGGGCAGAGUCGAGAUACAAGGCGGGUGUUUUGGUUCCCCCGCGGCCAGAACAGCCGGACAACUGCUGCAUGAGCGGUUGCGUCAACUGCGUCUGGGACCGGUACCGAGAAGACAUGGAGGAAUGGACAGCGAGAGAGAAGGAGGCGCAGAGACGGCUGAAAGCUGGGAGGAGAGCCGUGGAUGCCGCCGGCGGAGGCGGCUCCGACUCCGAGUCGAACUGGAAAGCGCCGGCCGCCGGCGGCGGUAAGAUCGCCAAGGACAUGUGGGAUGAGGAUGUCUACGAAAACGUGCCGGUCGGCAUCAGGGAGUUCAUGAAGCAGGAGAAGAGGUUGAAGGAGAGGCACGUGCGUGAGGGCACUAUUGGCGGUUGA